GGAGGGGAGGAGGGAGGGGGGUCACCUUGUCUUCCCGCUCCUCGCGCGCGCGUGAGCGCGUGCGUCCGUGUGAACCGGCGCGCCCCAGAAGCGAUGAAGAGGAUGUGGGGGGGUGAACCAUCGCGGAAGAAGGAAAGAGAGUCGACGGGUGACAGCAUCAUAUGGUCGCGAGGCAAGAGACGCGUGCCGUCAGGCUUGUUCCGUCAGCGCCAAAGUCUUGUUUUCUUUUCGAGACGAGAGGGCGAGCUCAGCUCCCCUCCUCACGUCGCGUGGCGGUUUUGUUUGUUGUCAUGACGAUGUUUAAAUUUCCUGCAGUUUAUUUGUUUUUUUUUUUGGUUUUGUUUUCCUGGGACACGUCCGAGUACAGUCCUUAACUAGACUUUGCUCUGAAAAACAAUAGCUGUCAAGACUGCGAGUGAGUACUAAGAGUGCUUUGGGUUAAAUGGACCUGGUCUUACUCUUAGUUGUCGUCGUCACAUCAUGGCAAUCCCUCUCAGCCUUGUUCACUGUGGAGGCAGACUACCGCUUCUAUGAGGCAGAGUACCAAGGAGAGGUGGAGCUGGCCUGCCGCUUUCAGCCAGUAUCUUUACAUCACAAUCAUGACCUGAAGGUGACCUGGCACUGGCUCAAUUCCACCUCCUAUCUGGAUGUGUACCACUUUGACGGUGGGGUGCAAAAUCUGGGAUCCCGGUUCCAGGGUCGAGUCAGACUACUCACGGAGGAGCUGGCCAAAGGCUGGGUCAAGUUACAGAUGUCCAAGCUCAGGAUCGAUGACUCUGGGUUAUACCAAUGCCUGGUGGAGAUGGAGGCAGCAGAUUAUAAAACGCUAACAUUGUCUGUUAAAGCUUCCUAUAAAACACCGACCAAAACUAUCAAGCGGCCUGCAGAGGGAGACGAGGUGCAGCUGAAGUGCCAGUCUGAGGGCUACCCCUUUCACCCAGUUAUCUGGAGGGAUGGAGACAUGCAGCUCCUCAGCUCUAACACCACUUAUGUAACAACACCUGACCAACUCUUCCAGGUCACAAGUCAGAUACAAGUGAGGUCUUCAGUCAAAAACAACUACACGUGCACCUUCUUCAAUGGGCCAUCAGCAAGGUUUGAUAUUCCAGAUGAACUACCAUUACGUAAUGAGGGAAUUCAUGCACUCAUAUCACUGAGCAUACUGGGGGCUCUGCUGUCCAUCAUUUUAAUCAUAGCCUGUUAUCGGCGAAAAGCAAAUGACCUCCUGUGAAUUUCUAAGCCAAAGUCCUAGAGGGUGGAGAUGAACUUUCGGAGGAGGUACCCCAAACAAGAUGGAAAACACGCACAACCCCAAAUCCUGUUGUCUCCCGGGUUCAGGGGGCCCACGGCUGAAUCUCUGAACAUUUAGUAGCCACGACCUUUCCUCUUGCGUGAAUUGCGGUUACGCACAUGAGAGGCAGCCUUUUUAGGAAAAUAUGGCAAAAUUCUCUUGGCGAGACAUGGAUAGAGGAUAGCCUCCAACAUGUACUGAGCAGAACAGUUGAACUGUUGUGUGAACAUCACAUUUUUUUAUUUUUAUUUUUUGGACCUGGAUUAUCGAGCAAGGAUGAAGACAUGCUGUAUGAACGGUUGCUGAGGAAGGAGCAGGUGAUGAUGUUUGGAACACCGUCACAAACCCAAGGAGAGUGUUAGGGGCGUCCGGGUGGCGUGGCGGUCUAUUCCAUUGCCUACCAACACAGGGAUCGCUGGUUCGAAUCCCUGUGUUACCUCCGGCUUGGUCGGGCGCCCGUACUGACACAACUGGCCGUGUCUGCGGGUUGGAAGCCGGAUUUGGGUAUGUGUCCUGGUCGCUGCGCUGGCGCCUCCUCUGGUUGGUCGGGGAGCCUGUUCGGAAGGAGGGGGAACUGGGGAGGGGGGGGGAGCUAUGUUCCCCCUGGUGAAACUCCUCACUGUCAGGUGAAGUCUGCAGCCCUCCCCGGAUGAGCAGAGUGGGUGGAGAAGGCACCGGGACGGCCCGGAAGAGUGGGGUAAUUGGCCAGGUGUAACUGGGGGAGAAAAGGGUGGGGGGUGGGGGGGAGUGUUAGGACACAGGAGCCACUGGAGCAUUAAUCGCAAUCUUUUAAGUCCCACUUGUUCCGGUGGCGUCUGGACACUGCUUGGCAUCCUGCUCGUCAUAAUUCUGUUAUCCUCUUUCAAUGUUGUAUUGUGUAAGCUGUGUAAACACAACAUCCAUUGCACAUUGUCUAUCUUGGGAGAGAGCUCCCUCUUCUGUUGCCCUCCCUGAGGUCUCCCCCUAUUGUUUCACCCUGUUCAAAGGGUUUCAUUUUAGGGAGUUGUUCCUUAUCCGACGUGAGGGUCAAAGGACAGGAUGUUGUGUUGCUGUAAAGCCCCUCGAGUCAAAAUUGUAAAUUUGUGAUGUUGGGCUACACAAAUAAAAUUGGCUUGACUUGACUUGACUUAGAGAACGGAGGUUCGGUCGUUUAAACAUCACCCAGCUUCUACUACAUGUGUGUGUUUUUUUGACGCUCACAAAAGUGGAUUGAGACUCGAGGUUUAAAAAUGCCGCCGGUUUUUUGACCGCUGAAUUUCCACGCUCAUGAAAUAAGAAUAAAUGUUACAGUGUCCACAGAAAA